CAGCCUUCAUUCACUGAGCGGCCGCUCAGUGCAGAACAACAGGCUACCUCCUCCGUCCUGUGAUGCUGCACAGCUAUGGGACAAAAGAAACAAAAAGCCCAAAUGAAUGAAGCUAUCUAACAAAGAGCCAUAAAAUCCACUACAUGGGAGGGGAACCUUGUAAAGACAGCUCCUUGUUGUUACCUGUAUAUGUUUUUUAAAAUCUUAUAAGCUAUUUAUUGUAAACAAUUCACUCCUUAGACAAUACGUGUUGAGUUCAGUUCUGAUAUCACUAUUGGCUGAACAUUUUGGCGCUUACGUUGUUGCAGAAGAGCUGCUGUAAUGUGGAAUAAAAGAUGCUCAUAACUGAAGGGGUUCGGUCCCACUGGCAGGGUCUUCUCUCCUCAUGUGGCACGAGUUACUGACCGACUCUUCGGCACCGCCAGCAUCUCCAGCUGCACCAUGACUUCAUCGGACAACGAUGAAACCGGGAGCGACCUGUCCGAGUCUCUGGAGAUCCGUGAGCUCCAGGAUCAGUACAUGGAGCCGGAGACCUGCUUCAAGUCCAAAAGCUUGCCCAUCCUGAACGGCCCCUGUCAGCCGGAUGGAAAGCUUCGGCUGCUCGACACCAUCCACACCUGCGUGGCCGUGGAGGAGAGUUGCGAGCUCCAGCUUAAAACCCCAGAUUCCAGCCAGGCAGAGACCCCCUCCUCCAGGUCGGACUUCUCCCCCUCUGCCUCCAGCAUGGUGGGGCUCAGCAGCUCUCUACCUGUGGAUCGCCGCAGGGCCGGGGGUAAAAAACUUGGUUUCUCUCUCACCCACCUUAUCUGCACCCCAGCCAGGAAGUAUGUGCGCGCCAUCCUGAGGGAUUCCCGCUGCUUCCUAUUCUGCAUGUGCUACCUGACCUUCGUUCAGUCCCUGAUGGUUUCAGGCUACCUGAGCAGCGUCAUCACCACCAUCGAGAAGCGUUACAGUCUGCGCAGCUCCGAGUCCGGCCUGCUGGUCAGCUGCUUCGACAUCGGCAGCUUGCUGGUGGUGGUCUUCAUCUCCUACUUUGGAGGCAGAGGUCAGAGGCCACGCUGGCUGGCUGUGGGUGGUGUGAUCAUCGCUGUAGGGGCGGCAUUAUUCUCCCUGCCCCACUUCAUCUCACCUCCCUACCAGAUCCAGGAGAUGAACUCCUCAACGGGGCGUGAAGGCCUCUGUCAGAGCGGUAACAGCAGCGGGCGCGAGCUCGACCUGGCGUCCUGCCCUCGCGACCAGGAGGGAAACGAGCACAACCUGUAUGUGACUCUGUUCAUAUGCGCCCAGAUACUUGUGGGCAUGGGGUCGACGCCAAUCUACACGCUGGGGCCCACCUACCUGGACGACAACGUGAAGAAAGAAAAUGCAUCUCUCUACCUGGCCAUCAUGUAUGUGAUGGGAGCUCUGGGACCUGCAGCCGGCUACCUGCUGGGAGGCGUCCUCAUCGGCUUCUACGUCGAUCCCAAAACUGCCGUCAACAUCGACCAGAGCGACCCGCGCUUCAUUGGCAACUGGUGGAGCGGCUUUCUCUUGUGCGCCGUAGCCAUGCUCCUCGUCAUCUUUCCCAUGUUUGCCUUCCCCAAAAAGCUGCCCCCGCGCCACAAGAAGAGGAAGAAGAAAAAGAUCGGCUCGUCUGGCGACUUAUCCAGCGACGACGAUGUGAUGAAGGAAAAGUCCAGCAGCAAAGACAAGAACGUCACCUCCUCCAUGGGCUUUGGAAAGGACAUCAAAGACCUCCCCAAGGCCGCCCUGAGGAUCCUCAGCAACAUGACCUUCCUGUUCGUCAGCCUGUCCUACACAGCGGAGUGCGCCAUCGUCACCGCCUUCAUCACCUUCAUCCCCAAGUUUAUUGAGUCACAGUUUGGGAUCCCCGCCUCCAAUGCCAGCAUCUACACCGGUCUGAUCAUCGUACCCAGUGCGGGGGUGGGCAUCGUGCUGGGGGGCUACAUCAUCAAGAAGCUGAAGCUUGGAGCCAGAGAGUCGGCCAAGCUGGCCAUGAUCUGCAGCGGUGUGUCUCUGCUCUGCUUCUCCACACUCUUCAUCGUGGGCUGCGAUAGCAUCAACUUAGGAGGCAUCAACAUACCGUACACCACCGGCCCGACCCUGACGAUGACGCACAGGAACCUGACGGGCAGUUGCAACGUGAACUGUGGCUGCAGAAUCCACGAGUACGCUCCGGUCUGCGGCUCGGACGGCAUCACCUAUUUCAACCCCUGCCUGGCUGGAUGCACCACCGUGGGCAAUGAUAGCACCGGGAUCAGGAACUACACGGACUGCGGCUGCGUGCAGAGCAGACAGGUCAUCACGCCGUCCUCUGGCGGACAGGUCAACCAGCUCCAGCUGGUCAUCGUUAAAACCUACCUGAACGAGAACGGAUACGCCUUGUCGGGGAAGUGCGACCGCACGUGCAACACCCUGAUCCCUUUCCUCAUCUUCCUCUUCAUCGUCACGCUCAUCACCGCCUGCGCUCAGCCCUCCGCCAUCAUCGUCACCCUCAGGUCUGUCGAUGAACAGGAGAGACCUUUUGCUCUUGGGAUGCAGUUUGUUCUGCUCAGAACACUUGCCUACAUCCCUACGCCCAUCUACUUCGGCGCUGUGAUCGACACCACCUGCAUGCUGUGGCAGCAGGACUGUGGCGUGCACGGCUCCUGCUGGGAGUACGACGUCACCUCCUUCCGCUUCGUGUACUUCGGCCUGGCCGCCAGCCUGAAGUUCAUUGGCUUCAUCUUCAUCUUCCUCACCUGGUACUCCAUCAAGCACAAGGAGGAUCGAGACGAGCGCUGGCGCCAGCGUCUGCCUCCGCUGGGCACCGUCAGCGAGCUCAUCUGCCAUGUCGGGGGCCACAAGAGCCACGCUCGCACCCGCUCCUGCCCCGUGUUCAUCCCGCCUCGGACCGACCCGCCCGCCGCCCUGCUGCUCAACCGCGGCCACAGCAGCCUUAGCUGCCCCGGCAACGACCUCAAAGCAAUAACCCCGCCCAUCCUGCUGCCGCAUCACCACAGAGGCUCCGCCCACGUCUGAGAGCACGCCAGGCCUCCGCUACGGCGUCCAUCGUGACACGUGCCUUUGUGUUUCUGCACCACGCAGUGUCGGCUUCACACCAACCAGCUGCUGCACAGCUGCAGGGCUCCAGCCCGCAGAUCUAAAGGGCUGCUCUUGCUGUUCAGAAGGUCAGACCUCCACCUGACGCUCGGGACGAUGUAAAGACAUCACAUGGUGCUCAAAGGCCGGGCGUUAACAUCUCUGUACAGACGAGUCGUCAUCAACACAGCCUCUAAAGCACAACACACCUGUACUAUGCAAGAUGUACAGCGUCUCCUUUAUAACCCCGUGUUCUCUUGGAACCGAUCAGCAACCUCUUAACAACCAACAAGUGUUUUUUAAAUCCUCUUCUUUCCCUUCGUUUAUCGUUACAGUGCCUCUCAGGCUGUCUCGGCCGGUCAGUAUUGAAAGCUAGCAGCAGGUAAACGCUCGCUAAAGAAAAGUCAGGCGACGACCUUCUGUUGUCCUCAGCUCACGUGUUCACGAGCUCAUCGCCUUCCAAGGCGUGUAGCUUAAAGACAUGGUACAGUGUUUAACGACUUCUAUGAAAUCUAUAUUUCAUCACUUCUAAUUAAAAGGAGAAAGGUGUUUCAUCUCUGACCAUGUGCUGAAGCUACUGUAUGUCCACAUGUGAUUGUAACUGGAGAUUUCUUAACUCAUUUGAUCCACUUUUAAACAACUGAAAAGAUUUCUGAAAAGAUGCGUCAUGUGAUGCACUCAGAUGUACAUAGUAGUUUAGUAUUCUUUUAAGGAAGUAAUGCAGCGAGCAUGUAACACCAGCAGGAGUAAUCUGAGUUCAGCUCCUGGGUGUCCGGCGCCCUCUGGUGGACGCAGAUGAUUGUGUGAAGGCCAGUGAAUGUUUGUCAGAUCUACUGUGCGACGAAACUCUUGGUUAAAAUGUUAAUGAAUAAAUUGGAUCACUGAACUGUAGCACUUAGUUUCCCAAAGAUUGACCUUCUGCUGGUUGUGUGAAUUACAGUUAAACAAACCUGGUUCAACUUCAGAGGAACAUGUUUCACUAGAAGCAGUUUCUUUACUUCCCUUUGAAGAGAACAGGAAGUGUUCGUAGAGACGUGGAAACAAUAAGUUUAGUUUAAUAUAAGCACAUGUUUAGGGGAAUAUAAGAAAAGUAAUGAAGUUAUUGUAUUUUACAUUCUGAAUCUGAUGCAGUGAAUACAUUUUAAAACUUAACAUUUUUGGCCAAGAUUUGUGAUAUUCUGCUAGAUAAAGAAUCUAAUUUUAGUAUCGUGACUUAGUACCUCGAAUUACAUAUUCAUAAGUGAUUGUGUAAAUAUUGACUGAGCAAAUGAAGCGUAUUAUAAAGCUCACACAUAGUUAGAAGCAUAUUUAUGAACUAACCAUGACAUUGUAAUUAAAUAAGAAACAAUAAGACUUAAAUAAACGAUGAGUCUGUUGGGACGGGGUGAGUUCAUGUGUGGGGGGGGGGGGGACUCAUUUAAAAGCUGAAGUUAUGCUACCCAGAAUGCCCUUCUCUCCGUCUGGAAUGAUUCUCCAUCCUUCCUCCAGCGCUCCGUAUUUAUCAGUCGGCGGAGGAUCUUUGAUCAGGUCUCCUGCUUCACUGGAUCCUCGCGUUUAAAUUAAAUAUUUAUUCUAUUAACUUAUAGCUGCUAAUGAAAUUCUGUCCUAAAAACAAUACCAAAUGAACACGUUUCAGUAAAAAUGUUUAAAUAGAUUAACGUGCUACAGAAGCCCCGAGAGGAAAGAGAACUGAUGUUUAUGAUUCAACAGGAUAAUCUUUAUAAAUCCACAAAGCACUGAAUGCAUCACUACUCCAUACUGUGUAAGAAAGCUCUAACAGUCGUGUUUUAAUCUGCCUCUCGACUAUUAACUAUAUAUACACACAUGGAAACGGAUCCAGAAUCUUUUCUCACUUUCCUCAGAGCUUUAGUAAAAUCCUGAUCUUGAUCUUUUGUUCAGUGCAUUGAUGGAUCAGCUGUAAACAUAUUUACAGGGAAGGGGAGCGAAUCAUCAACACAUGAUUAGAGACGUGUGUAGUUCUGCUCUAACGUCUCAAGUGAACAGUAACUGGAGCUCUAACUGAUGUUUGUGAACACUUGGUUUACAAAAGCCUUGAAAACUUGAUAUUUGUCAUUAAAAAAAACUG